AUGUCACUCUUCGACGAAAAUGUUCUCAUUAGAGAUUGCGGAAAAAAUCUCACCAAAGGAAUGAACGUUUGCCAACUAAGGGUUGGUGGUCAGAAAUAUUCAUUCCAGAUUGCUGUUAAUGGAUUUAAUCAGGCUAUUGAUUUUCCACUGUUACAAGCUUCAUAUUUUAACAAUAUGUUCGGAUUUAAAGCCCAAGUAGAGAAAGAAAGUCAAUUUAUUGAGAUUAUUCCAAAGCUUCCGACAAAUUAUUUUUCAGUUUCUUUCUUCCUUUUGGGUGAUUCUAACGUAAUGGUCAACACACGUACUCCAAUCAUUAAGAUGAAGAAUCAACCAGUAUUUGUUCAACUCAAGACAAGUUUUGACAAUAAAACAAAAAUAAUUAAGCCAAAGUUAUAUUUCACAUUUAAUCGAACAGUCCAAUUUGACAGCAUGUUAGAUUUGGACUACUCACUCUUAUCUUCCCACUUAAAUAAUCUUGGUGCACAUUUUUCAGUCAGAGUUCCAAAAUUUACGUUUGCUGCUCACUUCAAUCCACUUGAUAAAAAUACUUUACUUUCUUCCACUUACUAUGCAGCUUUCAGGCUUCCAUAUGCAGAUCUUGAGCUUCAAUACGAAAAUAAAGAUAAAAAGUUCUCUAUAAUACUAAAGAGCAAAACAUACAAAGGUUUCAAAGGUCAUAUUGGCGCUGAAUAUGCAAAUCAUGUUUAUUUAGUUGGAGAUCUUAAAUACAAACGUAAUUCAACAACUUAUGAAGUUGCAGCCGAUACAGCUAAAUUACUGAAGGUUUCUGUUUCGAAGCAAAUUAACGAUGAAUUUAAUCUCACUCUUACAGCUUCGCGUGACUUUAAUUACGCUUUCCCUAUCAAAUUUGGAUUAUAUAUGACAUUUAAUCAGUAA